AUGUCAAAGCGCAAGAAACGUCUGGUUGAUCUCACGCCCGAGGAGAUCAACGAGAUUGUGGCCCUGAGAGGGAAGCUACCACAAGCGGUGGUGGGAAAACGGUUUGGGAUAGAGCAGACGGAUGUGAGCCAGAUCCAGAGACAGCAGAAGGGGAAGCUCAUGAGAGCUGAUGACAAACCGAGAGCUCGUGACGUGGAGGUGGUGCUGCCUAUUGUGUUCGGCAGCUGUGCCUUCUGGCUGGGGAAGAAAGCAGACGAGAACGCCACUCACAAGUGGACGGUGUAUGUGCGGGCAGCUGACAACGGCGACCUGGGCAGUGUGGUGAAGAAGGUGGUGUUUCAGCUGCAUCCGAGCUUCUCCAAUCCGACCCGCAUAGUGGAGCGACCGCCCUUCAUGCUGUUGGAGAGUGGCUGGGGCGAGUUUGAGAUCGCCAUGACCAUUGUCUUCCACGCUGAUGCGUCCGAAAUGCCAGCUGAACUUACCCAUCACCUCCGGCUGUACCCAGAAGGCAGCGCUCCCAACCAGCCUCUCAGCACCAAGCGGCCUGUUGUGGCUGAGCAAUACGACGAGCUAGUGUUCUGCGAACCACAGAUCGCGUUUUUCCAUCGCAUCCGCUCCAACCCCAUGGUCCGCAUUCACGGCAGUGAGGAGGCCAUCACCGCCGCUGGGAACCACGCAGCAAUACCUCAAGAUGGCUCCAGUUCGGCCCCUGCAGAUGCACGCAGCUUGGAAUCGGACUUGCGAGGGGAGAAUCGUGGGGACACGCUAGACCAUCCGUUGUCGCAGUGGUUUCUGCAAUUCUCAGACGAGCAAGAACUGACCGCCAUAGCUGCUGCAAGGAAACAGGUUGCCACACUGACGGCCAAGUUAGAAGCUGAAUAUGCCUCACUUGAAUCUGAGUGUCAAGAACUCAAGCAAGGCUCUAGUCAACCAGGCUGA